UUGUCAGAACCGUCUACUCACCCUCGCUGCAGGGGUCUCAUCCUCCUCCUCCUCCUUCUCCUCUCUCCCACAUUCUACCUCCCUCCUUUACACUUUCUCCAUCUCCUUCUUCCACCAGUCCAGUCCAUUCCACUGCAAUGUGAUGCCCGAGGAAUCGAUGAUGAAGGUCAGGCAGGAGAGGUAGAACAAGAAGAAGACGCAGAAGAGGACUGCGAACUCAUUCACCUAAACUAA